AUGAACGUGGGAAAAAUUGUCUUCUACGAGGACAAGAACUUCCAGGGCCGGCGCUACGAGUGCGACAGCGACUGCUCCGACUUCCACUCUUACCUGAGCCGCUGCAACUCCAUCCGGGUGGAGAGCGGGGCCUGGGUGGUAUACGAGAGGCCCAACUUCAUGGGCUACCAGUAUGUCCUGACCAGGGGAGAGUACCCAGACUACCAACGCUGGAUGGGCCUCAAUGACCGCAUCAGCUCCUGCAAGAUCAUCCACUUUACCAGCGGGAGCUCGUACAAGAUGCAGCUCUAUGAGAAGUCGGACUUUGGUGGUCAGGCGUUCGAGGCCACAGACGACUGUCCCUCUCUUCUGGAGAAGUUCCGCUGGAGGGAGGUCAACUCCUGCAAGGUGUUCGACGGCUGCUGGGUCUUCUACGAGAACCCCAACUACCGUGGACGCCAGUACUUCCUGGAGAAGGGGGAGUACCGCAAGCCUGGCGACUGGGGUGCAGUCAGCGCCACAGUCCAGUCCUUCAAGCGCUUCUCUGAGUGA